ACCAGAGCAUCAGAGACCAGAACAUCAGAGACCAGAACAUCAGAGACCAGAACAUCAGAGACCAUCUCAGACAACACAAUCUUCAGCAUCUCAACCAUCUCUGAACCAUGAAGACCCUGACUGCUCUACUCCUCCUGGGACUGCUCUGCUCCCUCCAUACCACGUCUGCAGCUGUCAUUGCGUUGGAAACGGCAACUGAAUGCUGUAUGCAUUUCACCCCGAUGAUCCCUCUUAAACAAGUGGUUUCUCUCAGAGCAACCUCCAGUAGCUGCCCUCGCAAAGCACUGAUUUUCACCACAAAGAAAGGGAAGACAUUUUGUGUUGACCCUUCUGAAGCCUGGGUCCAGAGUCAUGUGACCAAGAUUGAGAGAGAUCGACCAUGAUGUCGUCAACCCCCAUCCCCUCCUAACACCCUAACCCUUGGUUGGGCACUAUGAAGGGAACAUGGUCAUUAGGGAUGCAGACCUGGUCAGACAUGUCAAUACCCUAUCUGAGCUUGGUAUGGAGUAGGUUCAAUGUAAUGUGCUAGGUCUAGGAUAUAUUCAUUGUUUAUUUUUCUGUAACUGUAAACAUUUUUGACAUGUAGCUAUUCAGUAACCUAUUUAAUAUUUUUAUAUGUUAUAAAUCCGUUGAAGCUUUCAAACAUAUCCUGUGAAAGAGUGGAUCAUAUUAUUAAAUUAAUGUAUUUACUUUGAUGAUAUUGUGAUGGAUUGAUGGGUUGUAUAUAUAACUAUUCUACUAUACUGAUAUAUAUAUAUAUUGUUUUUUGCAGUUCUUUAAAUAAAUCAAGUAUUCU